UUAAAGAAAAUCCAGAUGGGGUGCAGGUGCUGCAAAAUGAUACAAAGCUACAUUUUUGAUCCAGAAGAAGUACAAUUGUCUGGACACGUUCAUGAAGUAAGCAGCUAUAAACACAAUGAGCAAGGCAGCAAUAAAUCCAAAGAGAACAGUGAAAUUCAAGAAUAUAAAAAUGAACUCCAGAAGGAUGAGCUGAAUGGAACAGAAAAUAAAAGUCAGAUAAAUAGCAGAAAAGAAACUCUCUGGAACCAUGGAAGCAAUGAUUUUCAAGAGGAUGGCCUUGUGAAGUGUGUUGCAAAGCUUGAUGUUGCAGUCAAUGGUGGCAGCUCCUGUGCUGGAGUGCACUCUGUGGUCAACCCCAACACAAACCCAGUGAAAGAGGCCAGUGAACAGGGAAUCUCCAGCCAGUCAGAGGCUUCUUCAGCCAAUAGAGACAUUUACACCAAAUCAAAUAGGUCUGGACAAGAACUUGACUUAGAGGUGGGCUGGCAGAGGAAGGCAACUUGCAAUGAGCUAAACAGUAUUCAAGAUGAGAACUCCCAGUCUGCAGAAGACAUCAUAUUUCUUAAAGGAAGUGCAAUACUGGAGACACAAAACAAUGCCAUACAACUGCCAGAUAUUAAUUACCCCCAAAAUCACAAUCAAACUGGGAACUAUGUUGAAAAAGAUGGCUUUUUAGUCAAUUAUGCUCACUCAGACCAAAACACUGGGCCUUCAACCAUGCAGGACCAGGACCUUUGUGUAACCCCACCUCCACCUAUGAAGGAGGACAGUACUGGGCCUUUUAAAACUGACUCUCCAGGUUUGAGUCCAGGCAUUAUGGGUGGUAUCACUGCUGUGGCUGUUACCAGAGUAGCACAGGCACCCACACAUCCCAACCAUAAAGACAUCAGUGGAGAAAUGGAGGAGGAAGAUGCAGAAGUUGCAGCAGCUCUAGCUGCACUGGAAGCUGCAACUGCAGGGGAAGACCUGGAUGAUGACAACGAGUACUAG